CUCCGCGGAGCAAGCCAGAGGUCAGCGCGGAGCCGGAGCCGCGCGCGUCCUGUCCCGAGGCCGACGCCAGCUCGCCGGCAUGGCUCCUGCAGCGGCGUCGGGUGGCAGCACCCUGCCCAGUGGCUUCUCGGUCUUCACCACCUUCCCGGACUUUCUCUUCGUCCUUGAGUUUGUCUUCGGGGGCCUGGUGUGGAUCCUGAUCGCCUCCUCCCUGGUGCCCAUCCCCCUGGUCCAGGGCUGGGUGAUGUUUGUGUCUGUGUUCUGCUUCGUGGCCACCACCGCCCUGCUCAUCCUGUACAUAAUUGGUGCCCAUGGCGGGGAGACUUCCUGGGUCACUCUGGACGCAGCCUACCACUGCAUCGCCUCCUUGUUUUACCUCAGCGCCUCGGUCCUGGAAGCCCUGGCCACCAUCUACAUGCAAGACGGCUUCACCUUCAAAUACUACCACGAAAACAUCUCUGCUGUGGUGUUUGCCUACGUAGCCACUCUGCUGUACGUGGUCCAUGCGGUGUUUUCCUUAAUCCGAUGGAAGUCUUCAUAA